AGGCUUUCUUCCUUGAAUGACUGCCACAGUACAAUGCGGGGCUUCGGGCUGCUCCUCUUUUGGGGCUUCAGCGGCAUACAUGGAUGGGUGAUGUCCACACUCCCCACACCGGGACAAAGUCUUAAUGGUGUGAAUGAGUGUUAUGACACUACCACGUGUCCAGCUUAUGCCACCUGUACUGACACCACAGAGAGUUAUUACUGCACCUGCAAACGAGGCUUCCUUUCCAGCAAUGGACAAACAAACUUUCAGGGCCCAGGAGUGGAAUGUCAAGAUAUUAAUGAAUGUCUUCAAAGUGACUCACCUUGUGGUCCUAACUCAGUCUGCACCAAUAUCUUGGGGAGAGCCAGGUGCAGCUGUGUUAGUGGCUUCUCUCCUCCCACUGGGAAGAGCUGGAUCCUGGGAAGUUCCGGUCAUUUUCUCUGCACAGAUGUUGAUGAGUGUCUGACGAUUGGGAUUUGCCCUAAUUAUUCCAACUGUUCUAACUCUGUGGGAAGCUACAGCUGUACCUGCCAACCUGGCUUCAUCUGGAACGGCUCCAUUUGUGAAGACAAGGAUGAAUGUGCGGAUCACACCAUUUGCCCAGAGCACUCCACCUGCUACAACACUCUUGGGAGCUAUUAUUGUUUGUGUGACUCGGGACUUGAAUUUAGUGGCGGAGGACCAAUAUUCCAGGGCCUAGAAGCAUCCUGUACAGAUGUGGAUGAGUGCUCCAGGAACUCAACUCUCUGUGGUCCUACUUUCAUUUGCAUCAACACCCUGGGAUCCUACAGCUGCUCAUGCCCACCUGGCUUCUCUCUGUCAGUGUCCCAGGUCUCCGGCCUCCCGGCAGAUGGGAACUGUACAGAUGUUGAUGAGUGUGAUGACAUGUGCCCUUCCAACUCAUCUUGUACCAACACUCUUGGGAGUUACUUCUGCACUUGUCACCCUGGCUUUGCAUCAAGCAACGGACAACUGAAUUUCUCUGACCCAGAAGUGGCAUGUGAAGAUGUUGAUGAAUGCGUCCAAGAUCCAUUACCAUGUGGACGGAAUUCUGUCUGUACCAAUGUUCCAGGAUCCUACAUCUGUGGCUGCCUUCCUGGCUUCCAACUGGACCCAGAAGGCUCCCAGACACAUGGGAACUUCAGCUGCAAAAGGAUUCCCUUUAAAUGUAAAGAAGACCUGAUACCCAACAGUGAGCAGAUACAGCAGUGCCAAUCAGGGCAAGCCAAGAAUCUUAACUACGCCUCCUUCUGCAAACUUGUGAAUGCCACCUUCAGCAUCCUGGAUGACACCUGUGAAAACAAAAGUGCCCCAGUGUCCCUACAGAGUGCUGCUUCCAGUGUCUCCCUUGUGCUGGAGCAAGCACCCGUAUGGGCUGAGCUCAGCAGGAAGGAGACAUCCGCCCUGGGUACCGUCUUGCUGGAGACUGUGGAAAGUGCCAUGUUAGCUGUCCUUCUGACACCCUCUGGGAAUGCCAGUCAGAUCAUUCAGACAGAGAACCUAGACAUUGUAAGCAAAGUAAUCACUGAAGAAUGCAACAAGGAGAAUGUGUCCUUAAACUUGAAAGCCAGAGGGGAUGAGAUGAAUGUUGACUGUUCCGUCAUUGAGGAAUCAGAAUCCACAGGGACCCCAGGAGUGGCUUUUGUGUCCUUUGCACACAUGGAAUCAGUUCUAGAUGAACGCUUCUUUGAAGGUGGCCAGGCUUUCUGGAAGCUGAAGAUGAAUUCCCGUGUUGUUGGCGGCACCGUGACCGGAGAGAGGAAGGAGGGCUUCUCCAAGCCUGUCGUCUACACCCUCCAGCACAUCCAGCCAAAGCAGAAGUCUGAGAGUCCCAUCUGUGUCUCCUGGAACACUGAUGUGGAGAAUGGGAGAUGGACAUCCUCAGGCUGCAAGAUCCUCAGUGCAUCUGAGACACACACAUCCUGCAGAUGUAACCGGAUGACAAACUUGGCCAUCAUCAUGGCUUCUGGGGAGCUCACAAUGGAGUUCUCCUUGUACAUCAUCAGCCUCGUGGGUACGGUCAUCUCCCUGGUAUGCCUCGCUUUGGCCAUGGCCACCUUCCUGCUGUGCCAUGCUGUUCAGAACCACAACACCUACAUGCACUUGCACCUUUGUGCGUGUCUCUUCUUGGCCAAGAUUCUCUUCCUCACGGGUCUAGACAAGACUGACAACCAGAUGGCCUGUGCUAUCAUUGCGGGAUUUCUACACUAUCUUUUCCUUGCCUGCUUCUUCUGGAUGCUGGUAGAGGCAGUGAUGCUCUUCCUGAUGGUGAGAAACCUGAAGGUUGUGAAUUAUUUCAGCUCACGCAACAUCAAGAUGCUGCAUCUUUGUGCCUUUGGUUAUGGACUCCCAGUUUUGGUGGUUGUAAUCUCUGCCAGUGUACAGCCAUGGGGCUAUGGGAUGCAUAAUCGCUGCUGGCUGAACACAGACACUGGGUUCAUCUGGAGUUUCCUGGGACCAGUCUGCACGAUCAUCACAGUGAUUGUCUCAGUUACGGUUACUAUUGGUGGAUUAAACACCAUGACCGAAAGCAUCUUGGGGAGGAUGGAGUUUAUUUCAUUCAGAGUUCCAUAUAAAAAUUCACCAUCAAAGGCAGUGAAGGCAAGAUCUCAGCAGGGCAAGGACCUGGAGGCAGGAGUUAAUGUCGAGACCAUGGAGAGGUUACUGACGUUCAAGGCCGUUGCCCAGAUCUUCAUCUUGGGCUGCUCCUGGGUGCUGGGCAUUUUCCAGUUUGGCCCCAUGGCAAAGGUCAUGGCAUACCUGUUCACCAUCAUCAACAGCCUGCAGGGGGCCUUCAUCUUCCUCAUUCACUGUCUGCUCAACCGCCAGGUUCGGGAUGAAUACAUGAAGCUCAUCACUAGGAAGACUGAGCCCAGCUCCUAUUCCCGGACUUCAGGGAUUUUACUGUCACCUAUGCCAUCUACUUCCAAAAUGGGUUAACAUCUUUUCUUGCUUUAAAUUGUACUAUGGAACAACAUUUUGAGGAUUGUAAGUGCGUGCAGGAACCUACUUUUUAAUCACUCUCUGGUUAUGGAAAUUUAGGGACUCAUGAGUUGGGGAGAGUUUCUUGUUAACACAAAGCAUGGACAGAUGGAGCCUAAUUCCAAGGGUUCCAUAUAUCAAGGAGAAAUACAAGUUACUUCCCUGCAGUAGUUUGAAUUCUGUACGUUACACCUGUGAAGCUCCACAAGUCUUAAGAAGAGCAUGUUCCAUUUUUUUUUUUUUUUUGUGGCACAAGUGGCUACCACAUUUCUGUCUCCUACAUCCUUUGCUGUGGGGCUCCAGGCA